AGGAAAUAGACGAAGCUAAUGAAGUCUGUGCUAACCGACGACAUUUAAAGAGAUUUCUAACGUAGGAAUUUCAAAGGUUUCGCGUAACGCACACAAAAAUCGCCUGGUCUGCACGAGUAUCGCUUCAGUUAUUAAACUACCAGGUCGCUUUUCUUAGCCUAGCAGACGUUAACGUAGUCUUUUCGAUACAGCGCUCUCAGGCUAAGCAACUGUCCUGGCUAUUUUGGAGUGCGGUCGCCUCUGCUAACACGAACAAUGGACGGUCUGGAGACUCCGUACGACGUUGAUGGUGGCAUCGACUUCAUUGAUUGUACGAUCUGCAAUAAAUCCAUAAGUGGCAAUACCUUGUUCAAGAUACACCUGACCACAGCGGGCCAUCUGAAGAAAGAGGAUGCCUUGGUUGUUCAGGGCCAAGCCAUCAGGGAUAACCCUGUACCAGAUUUUGAGGACUUCCUGCAAUACCUACAAUACCUAGAUCUUGAUGAGCCCAUCAUUGGUAUGGACUAUUUGGAAGAGGUGCCUCAUACUGAUCCCUCUGAUUCUCAGCCAGGGCCAAGAUAUUUAUGUAAAAUGUGUAAUACGGAUGCAAACCUACCCAAUAUGGCCACUCACGUCAUUGGGCGCAAACAUCGACAGAAGUAUUUGCAAACGAAAAGGCCCGACUUGGUGACCUGGGACAAAAAAAACAUGACAAACCAGUCAGGAAAGAUUAUACGGGCCAAAGCAGAGAUGGUUGAGAGACAAGAUGGACGAGGAACUCCAAAGCCAAUGAGGAAAAACAGAAUUGUGGGCAAAUUAAACAUUUCAAGAGUUCUUUCAAAGCAAAAACCAAAACCAGGCCAAAAUGAUCCUAGGAAUGUUGCCCAUUUUGGUGUGCCACCACAUCAAUCAGAAUUGACGGAUUAUCAGGUUGAGUAUUCUCACUCGGGUGGUUAUCCCUCAGAUAACCAAAAUGCACCCCCCUACCAUUCAGAUGAUACUUACAUGGUUGCGGAACCAGAGAGCGGGCCCUACCUGAGGGAGGAUACUGUCCAGCGAGGUCGCAUGGGAAAGGAGCUGUGGAGAAAAGAUUACAUGGAACGUGAUUCUUUCAAACCAGAGUUUACUGAAGAUGACUGUCAUAGGGGAUAUCAAGAGGACUACAGGGACGAUAGUUAUAGAGAAGACGACACCCACACUGUUAAUUUCCCUUGGCGUGAGACUUACCCUGAAGAUAGUUUCCCUAGGGAGGCCCCACCUUAUAGGAGAUCCAAUCCAGAGAGCGAUCCGCUCAAACAGUUCUACUCUGAGGAAGUUAGGCGUGGGCGUACUCGUUCUGCCGUGGCUGCAGAGCCUCUCAGGAGUGCCUAUUGUUCGCGAGACCCUCAUGGUAAAGCCUACCCACAGGAUGACUCCCACAGAUAUCCUGACCAGUCAGAACAAGUUGAGCAAUACUAUCCAGACGAAGGUCCCGGUGAUCAAAUGUAUUGUCCAGAAGAACCCAGCCAGGAUUACCCUCAUUACUCUGACACGAGGAAGAGUUUUAUUGAGCCAGCGAAGAGUCAACAGCCAUAUGACAAAGAUAAUUUGUUUGAAAUGAUCAAAGCCCUGCGUAAGGAAAAAAGUGAUCAACAGGAGGUCAUGGGCAGCCUAAGGGAUAGAGGACUAGGGCCUGUUAUCUCUCAAAAACCACCAGGAGGGGCCAGAGUGAUGUCUGACAUCCCAGAGCCUUUUCGACGCUUCCUGGAAGGGACUCCAAAUGACCAGGACAACAUUAAAAGAAAAAGAAAGAGCCGCUUCUCCGAUGCCACGGAUGAGGAAGUCAGAAGGGCAAAGGCAAUGUUAAUAGAUGAUUAUAAAACGCCAAAUCCAGAGGUUCGUGGUCCUCGUGGACCAGUUCAUGCACCCCCAAGACCAGGAGUCUAUCAACUGCAGAAACCUGACCCCUACACCAAAUCACAGAGCAUAUACCAAACUGAAAGCAACCCAAGAGGACACUCAAACCCGAAAGAGAAAACUAACGAUACUGGCGCUGUCUUUGAUUUAUUGAAAAAUGUUGACAUUGAUGAUAUGGAAGAGGCUGAGUUUCUCAAGAGCAAACUAUGCAACCUCCUGAAAGAAUUCAAUGACAAAAAAUCAAAGAAAACUAUGCACUAUAGCCAGGGCCCAGGAGUCAUUUCAAAAGAUUACAACCAUGUCAGCCAAUCUGUGUCCUUGCGAGACCAGUAUGAGAGAACCUUCAGAAAAGGUCCAGAGAGCACAACAUUUGAGAACAAACCCAGGAUACCACAGGAGGGCUAUUCCCAAGAUGCUCACAGAGGGAGAGACUGGGAGGAGAAAGAGCAAAUAUCAGGAGAAAGAUUUCAGGAAUAUGGCCAUCCUGAACACAACAUUUCAGGCAGAAGCUCUUAUAAAGAGGUCUUUGGGUCAGAGGAAAUGUACCAGCUGCCACAUGCUCCUAACCCAGAAGAUUCAGAUAUGUACCCAGAAAGGUUCCAGGAGCCCAUACCCCAUCGUGACUACACACCUGCUAAGGGACCCCUUGAUACCCACUUUUCCCCUCCCCUCUACAGGGAGCAAGGACACAGAAUGUACCGGGCACCACAACACUCCAGCAGCCUGGACAAAAUCACCUCCACCCUCCUGGAACUUGUGGCUCGGAAAUAAAGUUUCUUGUCAAGACCUAUAAUUUUUGUGUUUUCCAAAAUUUGUUCUUAUAUGUAAUGUAAUAUAUAGUUUGAUGCUGAUUGUUUUUUUCCAACUUGUUAUUUUUAGGCAGUAAAUGGUGGACAUUUUGGAACACCCCCCCCCCCAUUGAAUCAGAAAGUGUUGUGUUUGAUUCAUUAAACACAUUUUGUUCAUU